CCAAGGCAUUAGAGCCCCGCAGACUGAUGGCCUCCUUGUUUAAUGACUGUCAAUUGGCAAAACCAUCUGGGAAGGCGACCUUUGCUCUGAGCUUCGCAGUCCCUUGGCAGAGGGGACCCUGCUACACUGGGGAGUGAGUGGCAAAUGGAGUUCCCUGUGGGAAGCUGACCUCACUCUCCACAAAGUAGGAACCCUUGUCCUUCGUGGCUGUUAAAGGGAGACAGCUGGAAACACCAGCUUGAAUCCCCUGCUCUCUGGUACCCACGGAAUUAUUGCCACAUCCUCCCCACUGAUUUCCUGCUUCGGCCUCCGAUCACACGGGACCCCUCCAGCACCGUCAGGGCACCAGCUCAGUCCGCACGCCCUCCCUGACUCCCUGGCCAGCAGAUUGACGAGGAGGCCGUCACUGUCAAACAUGAUGGCCACCGCCAAGCCCUUGCCAACCGCCGGGGCAGCAAUCAGAAGCUACGACACGGAGUCAGCCCCACAGGCUUCUCCGAUUUCCAGCUUCCUCAGAGACCCCAGGGAACCGGACAAUGGCAGCAGCCAGGCUCCUGCCGCCACCGGCGGGACCCCAGGCCAAGGUGACCUUCGAGGACGUGGCUGUGCUCCUCUCCCAGGAGGAGUGGGACCACCUGUGCCCUGCCCAGCGGGGCCUCUACCGACACGUGAUGAUGGAGACCUAUGGGAACGUGGUUUCGCUGGGACUUCCAGGGACCAAGCCCAACGUGAUCUCCCAGCUGGAGCGAGGAGAAGAGCCGUGGGUGCUGGAUGGGCAGGGAGCUGAGGAGAGCAGAGGCCUGGGUGGUGGCCGUUCAGAAUAUGAGGACCAGGGAGAAAACCGAGAUAGAGAUUUGAGUGUGAAGCCGUUCAUGUCUGAGGACCUGUCGGUGAUCCUGGGGGCCGCACCCCCCGGGAGCUGUGACCCGCAGGCCGGCCCUGUUGCCAUCCCUGGGGGUCAGGACCUGCAACCCAAGGGCCCUGUGACGGGGCAUGCGGCCGUCCCCAGCGGGGACAGGCCAUUUAAGUGCGUCGAGUGCGGGAAGGCCUUUGGCCGCAGCUCGCAUCUGCUGCAGCACCAGCGGACGCACACGGGCGAGAAGCCGUACGUGUGCGGUGAGUGCGGCAAGGCCUUCAGCCAGAGCUCAGUGCUCAGCAAGCACCGGCGCAUCCACACGGGCGAGAAGCCGUACGCGUGCGCCGACUGCGGCAAGGCCUUCCGCGUGAGCUCCGACCUGGCCCAGCACCACAAGAUCCACACGGGCGAGAAGCCGCACGCGUGCCCGGAGUGCCGCAAGGCCUUCACGCAGCUGUCGCACCUCAUCCAGCACCAGCGCAUCCACACGGGCGAGCGGCCCUACGUGUGCGCCCUGUGCGGCAAGGCCUUCAACCACAGCACGGUGCUGCGCAGCCACCAGCGCGUGCACACCGGCGAGAAGCCGCACGCGUGCGCGCAGUGCGGGCGCGCCUUCAGCGUGAAGAGGACGCUGCUGCAGCACCAGCGCGUGCACACGGGCGAGAAGCCGUACGCCUGCAGCCAGUGCGGCCGCACCUUCAGCGACCGCUCGGUGCUCAUCCAGCACCACAACGUGCACACGGGCGAGAAGCCCUACGAGUGCGGCGUGUGCGGCAAGGCCUUCAGCCACCGCUCCACGCUCAUGAACCACGAGCGCAUCCACAGCGAGGAGAAGCCCUACGGCUGCUACGCGUGCGGCAAGGCCUUCGUGCAGCACUCGCACCUCAUCCAGCACCAGCGCGUGCACACGGGCGAGAAGCCCUUCGUGUGCGGCGAGUGCGGCCACGCUUUCAGCGCCCGCCGCUCCCUGGUGCAGCACGAGCGGAUCCACACGGGCGAGCGGCCCUUCCGGUGCGCGCAGUGCGGCAAGGCCUUCAGCCUGAAGGCCACCCUGAUCGUGCACCUGCGGACGCACACGGGCGAGCGGCCCUACGAGUGCGGCCGCUGCGGGAAGGCCUUCAGCCAGUACUCGGUGCUCAUCCAGCACCAGCGCAUCCACACGGGCGAGCGGCCCUACGAAUGCGCCGAGUGCGGCCGCGCCUUCAACCAGCACGGGCACCUCAUCCAGCACCAGAAGGUGCACGGGAAGCUGUGACCUCGGCUGCCGCCGGGCACGCACAGGUCUGGGCCCGUUAUUCCAGCGGAAAACGUCCUACUGGAGAGUCCUCACACAACUGCUGUGAAUUUGGGUGAAGACAGCCGUCCUGCAUUCUUUAACGUCGUACAGUUCAUUAUAUGAAGUGAGAAAUGGAAGGAAGUUAAGGCAUACGGAUUACUGUCACAAUAAAACUUCCUUACGUUCCAAACAAAGGUUUUUCUUAGAACAUCCCGUGCCUUUCCUAGUAAUUGCACAUAAAAGUAGAAUGCUGGGCUGUUUUCAGUAUUCUGUUAAAACACUGAAGUGCUGUGUGGACAAAAUGCUACUAAAAAGAUUGUCAUCAAGUAGCGUCAUGUAAUUCGGCGGGAGGCCCCGAAUAUUGUGGAAACACCAGUUUUGUAUGAAAAAAAAAAGGCAGAAGAUUCGUGAGAAGUGCAUUAGUUCCCCUCAAGAUCAGAAGCAGUGCCUGACUUCUUAGCAAAAAUUCAACUCAAAAAAUGGGUCUUUUCCUCACAGCCUAUGCACCCUGUACCCCAGAAAUAAGUCCUGGGUUGUCUGGGCCUCUGGGCCCUGUCUGGGGUGGGGGAGCGGAGAAGAGCACCACACCCAGGCCCAGACUUCAGCUAGCUGCUGCACCAGGUGGCGUUUCAAAAAAUUACUGAAAAGACCUCUGAUGCAUAUUUUUAAAACAAACUUCUCAUAUUCAAAUAGCUUUUUUUUCUCAGAUAUUUCUAUUCCUAACUUCUAAAGGUUUUGUUUUGUUUCAUUUUUUUUAUUCCCAGUUCCAAGAGAGUCUGUUAUCCAUUGUCAUAUACUGUGAUAAAUCUGACUUAUUAGUAAUUUGUUUUUUUUCUCGAACAUAUCAGCUUCUCAGGAAAAAUUAAGCACUGAGGUGCUGACCCUCAAGUCACAGCAGUACACUGUGAUGCAGAUAAAAGCAUGUUUUCCCCUCUGUGCAGACACUGGUGAGGAGCUGGUCACUGAUGUGUUCUCAUAAAUUCACACCAAGGGAUGCCACCAACCCUCACCAACUGAGUCCACAGAUAGCGUGACGUGGUGGCUGCCGCCCAAAGCCCACCACCUCUCAGGGCACAGUUCUUACUCGUGAAAGUGACAGAGAAAGAAAGAAAGCCAUGUUCCCAUCAGGAUGAGAAUAAGGGUUCGAUUAAAUUGUAGCGUUACGUGUCCAGAAUGUCACUGCCUUUUUUUGCUAUUGGCUGCCACUGGCCCAUAGGUGAACAUCAGGCUCAGUGUCCAUGGAGCUUGGCGGGGAGCACCCCCCGCCCCCAGGUCAGGCAUUUUUGUCAUCUUUCCAAGGAGCAGGAGGCAGCCCAGGACCCGCUGGGGCGCAUGCACGUCUGCCGUGGGAAGUAGCGUCAGAGGCCAAGAUUCCCUUUCAGGACCCUCGCCCUUGUAACAGCUUCCUCAGCCAUCACCUCUCGAGUCUGGCUCGUCAACAGCAUUCACGCUUUGGAAUUUCUAAUUUUAUUUUGAAGUCUUUACAUUUUAUGUAUUUAAAUCUUUCCCUUAACUGUAUUUCUCCUGACAGCUGGCAAGAACUUGACAGUUCUCUUCAAAUUUUCUAUUUGGAAAACACUUUAGUCCACCUGAAAUUUAUUUCUCUCUGUAACUAUAAUCUGACCUCCUCCAAUAAAAAAGCAAUGACUUGGAAA